CCUAAUUAGGAACACUGGUUCAAGUGAUCAUUCCGCUGCAAAGUACAACAGUUACUGUCACGGUCUGUAUAUCCAUAACCUGUUCGCGAUCGUGAGCAUACCCAGCUGUGUGAAGUCUUUCAACUCUCUCAAUAUAUUGCUCUGCUUCCUAUUCACGACCAUCACUCCGAGGUUGACCACACAUUUAGACACCACCUUAUACCUGGAUAUCCUGGCGAAGUUAUCCAGUCAUCCCGAGACAGCUUACAAGCCAAACACAGUUUUGGUGGCCCAUACCCCUGCUGAUGCCAGCUCCUCGUCCCUCUCAGAGUACAGAAGCCGCACGCGCCGCUGCGCUACAGGCUGAGUUUAAUGAAAAGAAAUGGGUGUGGGUACCAGACGAGAAAGACGGUUAUCUCGCUGGCUGGGUACACCAAGAAGAUGAUGAGACUGCAGAAAUCAUUAUGUCCUCUGGGGGCGAGAUUCGUCGAGUCCCUUUGUAUGCACUCUCCAAGAUGAACCCUCCCAAGUUCGAUCGCGUCGAAGACAUCGCGGAUCUUACAUUUUUAAACGAAGCGAGCGUCGUGCAUAAUUUCCGUCUAAGGUAUGGAUCCGGAGCUAUCUAUACAUACUCUGGCUUAUUCUUGGUCGCUAUAAACCCUUACCAGAACCUGCCGCUGUAUACAGACGCAAUUAUAUCUCAGUAUCGCAGUAAACGACGGGAUGAGAACCCUCCUCAUAUCUUCGCGGUUGCCGAGCGCGCAUGGGUUAACAUGGGGGAGGAGCGCGAAAAUCAGAGCAUUCUUAUAACGGGAGAAUCUGGUGCAGGAAAGACCGAAAGCACGAAGAAAGUUAUACAAUACCUGUCUGCCAUAGCGACUGAUGCGCACCCGCGCCAUCCUUCACAUUCACAUUCUGCUUCUAUGGCAUCUUCAUUCCCCGCAUCCCCACCUUCGGGUUUGCCAAGAAGAGGCUCUUUCCAUGCAAAAGCUACUCAUGUUACGUCUAACAGCACUGGAGGCGCCAAGGGUCGCCUGGGCCUGCUAGAGCGACAGAUUCUUCAAGCGAAUCCUAUCCUUGAGGCAUUCGGUAACGCGCAAACUCAGCGGAACAACAACUCAAGUAGAUUUGGGAAGUUUAUCAGGAUUAGUUUCUCUCUGGACGGGAGUAUAUCCGGGGCGAACAUUGACUGGUACCUGCUGGAGAAGAGUCGAGUAGUGGUUCGCAGUGCUGCAGAACGCAACUUCCACGUAUUUUACCAGUUACUAUCAAGUGGAGGAUCAUUAAAAGGCAAAUUUUUAACAUAUCCUCUCCCCACUUGUUUUGAUAUUCGUGCUUCUACAGACACUCUUCUGCUGGAUCGACCUCUGGAUGAAUAUGAAUUUCUCAACAGAAGCAGGCGAGAGGUUGAUGGUGUCAACGAUCGCGAAGAUUGGGACGCUCUGAUAAAUGCUCUUGAUAUUGUUGGCUUUACGGUCGCCGAACAGUUCGACCUUUUCCGCAUCGUCGCGGCAAUUCUUCAUAUUGGCAACAUCGACAUCCGUUCUACGAAGUCGGACGAUGCGUUCAUGCCAGAUCCUUCCCAAGCUGAGCGUGUCUGCCAUUUGCUAGGUAUUCCCAUCGCAGAGUUCACGAGAGCUAUAUUACGGCCUAGGGUUCUCGCUGGACGUGAGUGGGUCACGCAGGCGAGGACGGGGCAACAGUCUCUUGACGAACUCGCGUCCUUGAGCAAGUCGUUGUACGAGAAGUCCUUCGGUGCGCUGGUUGAGCGCAUCAACCGUGCGCUAGAUCGUCCGUCCUCUAAGUCGACGUUCAUCGGUGUUCUCGACAUCGCUGGCUUCGAGAUCUUCGAAAUUAAUACGUACGAGCAAUUGCUCAUCAACUAUACCAACGAGAAACUGCAACAGUUUUUCAAUCACCAUAUGUUUGUCCUCGAGCAGGAGGAGUAUUCCAGGGAAGGCAUAGAAUGGGAUUACGUGAACUUCAAGCUGGACUUGCAGCCGACCAUCGACCUCAUCGAGAGUAGCGGGAACGCCAUUGGCAUCCUCAGUUGUUUAGACGAGGAAUGCAUCAUGCCCAAAGCCACCGAUCUCACGUUCACGGAGAAAGUCCAUUCGAUCUGGAGCGGAGAUCUGCGCGGAACUGAGCAACCUCAUCCAGGUCGAACGAAAUACACCCUACCGAAGUUUGAACAAGGCUUCAUCAUCACGCACUACGCAGGCAGAGUCGAGUAUCGCACCGACGGGUGGUUAGAGAAGAAUAAGGAUCCCCUCAACGAUAAUCUCACACGUGUACUGGCGUCAUCGUCGGAACCUUACGUGGCCUCGCUCUUCCAAGAUUUUGCUGGCGUCUUCGCCGACAUGCCCCCAUCUUCCAGCGCCGGGUUCUCCGCAGGGAAAAGGCGCCCCAUCAAGAGGGGAGCGUUUAGAACAGUGGGGCAACGGCACAAGGAGCAAUUAGCGCUCCUCAUGGCUCAGUUGCAGGCAACACAACCACAUUUCGUGCGUUGCAUCGUGCCAAACGUCAAUAAGAAACCUGGAAGGGUGGACGUGCCUCUCGUCCUCGAUCAAUUACGUUGCAACGGUGUUUUGGAGGGCAUUCGCAUAGCGCGUCUUGGUUAUCCCAAUCGACUUCCUUUCGUCGAGUUUCGCCAACGCUACGAGAUCAUGACUCCAGGCGUUAUUCCUCGUGGAUACAUGGAUGGUCGCAAAUCGUGCAUCCGUAUUGUAGAAGCUUUGGAUCUCGAUACCGAGUUGUUCCGGGUGGGAACGUCCAAGAUAUUCUUCAAAGCAGGAGUCCUCGCCGAUCUCGAGGAGCGGCGGGAUGCCCUUCUAUUCGAUGUCUUUUCGAGACUACAGGCCGUUGCUAGGAAGUUCUCCGCACGCAGACAGAUGAAGAAGGUUCUCAAUCGUGCGGUGGCGAUACGAACGAUCCAGCGUAAUGCUCGCGUGUACGGGGAGUUGCGAGAUUGGCCAUGGUGGCAACUGUACACGAAAGUCCGUCCAUUGCUCGCCGCGACACGAAACGACGAGGAGCUCAGAAGGAAAGAUGUUGAGCUGCAACUUGCGAAGGAGAGAGCGGAGCGCGAUCAACGGGAACGGGAAAGCCUAGAGAACGUGAAGAUGACUCUUCAGGCGGAGAAACGAAAGAUCGUCGACGAGUUGGAAGCAGAGCGUGCGCUUGCCCUCGAUAAAGAUGCCAUGUUAGACAGAAGCAAAAAGAGGGAAGCAGAACUAGAAGAAGAAAUCGUUGCCUUACACGCCGACCUCGACGUCCUCGAUUCGCAACUGGACCGUGCCCUACAUCUUCAGAAGGACGCCGAUGAGAAACAUGAAACUAUGCGCGUCGCGUUCGAUCAGGCUGCGGAGCAUCUUGUCCGCAUGGAAGGUCAACAAAAUGAAUGGCGGGCUAAAGAGGCGGAGCUUUCGGACAUUGUAUUAACGCAGGAGAGCAGCAUGGUUCAGCUGCAACAGGAACACCAGGCUCUCCAAAAAGCCAAUGAAGACCUCAGAGCCCUUGUUUCGCAGCACGAUGAAGAUUUGGCGCGUGUCAAGGAGCGUUCUGAGGCUUUAGUGAGCGACCUGCAGGUCAAGCUCGGUGUGGAAAUUCGGUCUAAAGAGUCGCUCGGCAGCAAGGUCGACCAACUGGAAAGAAGCUCAAGUUACCUCAAACAACAGCUAACAGAGAUGGCUCGUACAUCCGCAGAGUAUUCUGCUAUGGUCCAGAACAAAGAGGACCAAAAUUCACAGCUGCUUACCACCAUCACCGCAUCCGCCGAUGAGCGUUCUCGACUGCAAAAGGAGAUCGUCGAACUCCACGCCACAUCUGACAGACAGCGAGCAGACAUUCAUGCUUCCAGGGCCGAUGUAGAUCGUGCAGUUUCCGCUAAGAUAAAACUUCAAGGCGAGCUGGACGAACUCCGCGCAAUCAUGGAGACCAAGACCUCCGAAGACGCCCGCCGGCUCGAAGUUGAGAAAAGCAAAGAGGAAGAACUUGCCGAGCUCCGCCGUCAGUCUUUCCAGUUACACACGGAACUCAGCGUUUUACGGGAAAACGCUCUCGACAAGGAAAGCAAGCUCGUUACCGAGCUAGACGAGAUGCGUCGUCAGCACAAGCAGCUGGAUUCAGCUCACAGCUCUCUUUUGGAGCGCGAGCGAGGCUUGAAGGAACGGACGUCGAAGGCCGAGGCAAUGGUCGUGGAUCUGGAAAAAGCCAAAAGAGUGGUCGAAUCAGAACUUCAGGCAUUGCGAUCCCGUCAGAUUGAGUCGGAUGGUCGGUUAGCGGAUACAUCGAGGGCGAAAGAGAUCCUGGAACGACAACUCCACGCUGCUCAGACCAAAUAUAAUGAGAUCGAGGAUGCGGUUUUGCAGAUGGAAAGAGAUGCUCACGCUGGCGAACGCCAGUUGGAAACCUUAAAGAAACAACUAGAAUCCGAAUCAGCCAAGUGCAAGAACCUUCAACACGUCAUGUUAACUCAGAGAAAGGAGUACCAGGAACGCAUUGCAAAGCACGACCAUGAUCUUAACAACGCAAUCACUGAUCUCAAGAAUCGGGAGUGGGAGCUCAAGCAAAUGGAGAGCAAACAAGAUAAAACGAUUGUCGAACACGUUUACGUUCUGGAGAAGGCCAAGAAAGUAACCGAUCAGCAACUGAGAGAGGCGCAAGAGCAGCUGCAGAAGGACGCUGUCUACAUUCGGUCUUUGGAGAAAGCCAAGGCAAGCCUCACCCGGGAGGUAGAAGAUUUCGCCAGGGGAGGUGGGGUGGACCAGGCGGAGCGUAGGGCCUCUGAAAGGGCUGCUUAUAAAGCACUCGCCAACGCAGAAGCAAAGGCUAAAACAGAACGUGCUGAAUCCUCUGUUCGACGCGCCCUCACUGACUUGGAAAAGACUCAUAACGAUUUAGUGGCAGAAAAGAAGACACUCGAAGAGCAUUUCCAAGACACUCAGCGGAGGCUCCGUGAAUUGGAGGUUCAGAUCGAGGCCGAAGAUAGAGAAUCUUCUGAGUUGGGCAUUCACAGGCACCGUUUAGUACAACAACUGCAAGAUGAACGUCAGCAGCAUCAGAAAGACCUCGCAGAACGUGAUUUCGCCAGCGACCAGACGCGAAAGAAAUAUCAAGCUGAACUAGCACAGUUGAGCGAAGAAAUGCAAGCGCAGCGAGACGCGAUGACGAGGCUGCGAGAAGAUAACCGCAAAAUACAUUCCGACUACGACGAGCUGCAGCUAAGAUUCGAUGACGAGGUCUACAAUGGAGCUUUUGAAUCAUCGACUACUGCUCAAUCCGACCAGCAAGCGCAGAUCGUGUCACUUCACUCACAAGUUCGAGAACUUCGAAGCGUUCUCAAUGAUGCUGAGGCGGACAGGGCGAUGCUACAAAAGGCACGCCGCUCUUUGCAGGCGGAACUUGAAGGCAUCAAGCUUGACCAUGUCGAUGCAACGAAGAUGACUUCAGAUCGAGAACUGCAGAAGCUACAGCUGAUGAAACAAGAUCUUGAGCGAUCUCUAGAGGAACAAGAAGAUCGUGUAGCUAUGGCCUUUGACCGGCUGAAGAGAGCUGAGGCGCACGCCAACGAAAGCCAGCUGGAACUUGAUCGGGUGCGCGUCGAGAAUACUGAACUGGAUAGAGUGAAUGCACAGCUAGAGAAGCAGGUCAAAGACCUAAACGUCCGCGUGGUUGACCUUGAAACAAAGUCAUAUGUAAACUCUCCUCACCCAUCCUCCACCGUCAAGCAGCUGCAGAACCGUAUCGAUGAACUUACUACUCAACUCAAGCAAGCAUCAACCGAGAAAGUCGACUCCAACCGCCUGCAUAGCUCUGACAAGGCAGUUCGCGACAUGCAACUGCAGUUAGCUGAAAGUGAAAGGCACCACAUCAAGUUGGAGGAGGAGCGAAAAAUAUCUGAGGGUCAGAUAGCUUCGCUCCGACAGACACUGGACAAAGUUCAAUCAAGUGAGACCGAACUUGAGCGCGUGAAACGUCGCCUAGAACGAGAGGUCGUGGAUUCCAAGCAGGCAGUACUGAACCUGCAACGUGAAGUUGAACGACUGCGCGCCCGUCUUAAUCGACCGAUCCACCGCGUUCCACCAAGUAGCUGGAAAUCGUUAGAUAUGCCCAAGGAAAUCCGGGAUAUCAAGCAGUUCAUCGAGAUUGCGCGGCGGAAGGAUGCUUCCCAGGCCCGUAUAAAAAAAAUUGCCGCAAAAUCAGCAUCUGGGAAGGUCCAGACUAAGUUCAAAGUGCGGUGUUCACGAUACUUGUACACUCUUUCUGUGGACGACCCAGAGAAGGCUGAAAAGCUCAAGCAGAGCUUGCCCCCAGGCUUGAAUGUAGUAGAACUCGGCGCAACACCGAAGAAGAAGUAA